AUGCAGUUCCUCGAGCAGCAACACCUCCUCUCCGAGGCCCAACACCGCUUUCGAAGUGGUAGGUCCUGUCUCACGAAUCUGCUCUUUAAGCUCGAACGCUGGACCAAAGCACGUGAUGAAGGCAAUGUGGUGCACGCCAUCUACAUCGACUUCAAAAAGGCUUUCGACAGCGUUCCUCAACAACGUCUCUUGUACAAACUGCGCAACGCUGGAAUUCGUGGACGCCUUCUUGUAUGGAUCCAGAGCUUUUUGGCUGGACGGUCCCAAAGAGUGCAGGUCGGGCGUCAACAGUCCUCAGAUGUAAGCGUGGUGAGUGGCGUUCCACAGGGCUCAGUCUUAGGUCCCACGUUAUUCCUCGUUUUCAUAAAUGACUGCGUCAAGGACCUAGACUGUGAUGCCAUCCUGUUUGCCGACGACAUAAAAUUGUGGAAAGUUAUUCACAAUGCGACAGACGCAGACCACCUGCAAGCAAACUUGAACAGGCUGGAAGACUAG